GUAGUGAAUCCCACCCUCCCAGACCAAUCAGUACAGCAAGAAAUCUACGUAAAGGCUCUCCAGGGCAGCAAUACAGUAAUACUAAAAUCUUCAUCUCCACUUCUCCGCUACUCAUCCAUCAGGGCUUAUUGAGCUAUUUUACGGCUUUCUUGUUCAGCCAUUAACAACCUCGUGGCAGAUUUCUUGUUUCCACAGCUAUCCUGCAAAUAUUUCCGUUCCAGCCAUGGCUGGACUCGCUUCCCGUCAACUCGUUACCCUACCUGCUUCCAGCCAGGCUUCCGAGCCAUUAAGAAAGGCGAACACCUCGCUCUCGUCUCCCCUCGUUGCCUUUCCGAAAACAUCUCGAACGCGAGUCUGCUCAGUCAGAUCCGGCCGUCCAUCUGUGCGGGCCGAAGCAUCUCCAUCGUCCCAGCCAGCUCCCGUGGUUGUUGCGUCCGCAUCAGCAGCACCAGCAGCAGAAGAAGAGGCGCAAGCACGGCGCAGCAGCAGCCGAAACCGAAGCAACACCACCUCAACCACCACCACCAGCAGCGAUGGCACAGCUACCUUUUCAGCCGGCGAACAACUCACCUCGUCAAAAGCCGUGUCGCUCGAACUCACAGGAGGCUCUCUAGGCUUCGCUGGAGCGACAACGCCGUUAGUCCCUUCGUCGAAAGCCAAGGCGAAGGGCCUGCAGAAGCGCAUUGUGCUGAUCCGGCACGGGCUGAGCUCGUGGAACGCGGAGGGGAGGGUGCAGGGCCGGUCGGACGAGUCUGGUCUGACGGUGACUGGGGAGGUGCAGGCGCUGAGGUGCCGAGAGGCGCUGAGGGAUUCUCCCUUCGACUGCUGCUAUGCCAGCCCCAUCUCGCGGGCUAAGCGCAGCGCAGAGAUCAUCUGGCAGGGGCGCAAAGAGCCCCUCGUGUUCCUGGACUCUCUAAGUGAAGCCCACCUGCAUUUUCUGGAAGGCAUGCUCAACUCCGAGGCUAAGCGGCUGUAUCCGGACCUGUUCCGAGCCUGGCGGGAAGACCCGGCGAACUUCUGUGUGGAUGGGGUGUAUCCGGUGCACCAGCUGUGGGACCAGGCCAGGGACACGUGGCGAGAGCUGCUUGAGAGCCCAGGCUCUCAAGUACUGGUGGUAACUCACAAGUCCCUUCUGCGAGCUCUGCUCUGCACCGCUCUUGGCAUGGGCCCAGACAAGUUCAGAGCCAUGGACGUCAACAACGGGGGCAUGUGUGUGGUGAUGGUCAACAGCAGAGGAGAGCCCAUGGUUGAAAGUUUAAAUGUUACAGCUCAUCUACAGUCACAAGCAAUUAGCUACCAUUUCAAGUCUUAAGAUGAGUACAUAUGGUUGGGAUCAACCGUUAGUUUUCACUGUCAGCCACUGAUUACUGCUAGCUACGCCUUGAACACCAAUUACCCAUUGUACAUUUGUAAGUGAUUCAUGCUUGGUUGAUCACUUUGAUGU